AUGGAGCGAGCAUGCGUGCAGGAGGCGCAUAGGAAUGCACGGCUGCUUGUGGAGCAUCGUGGUUUGGAGCGGUUGGAGGAGGGGAGAGGGGAGAUCCAGCAGUUGGGUGGUGAUGGAAUGAGGCUGGAAGCAAGAGGAGUUGAGAUGGGUUCAGGAGACGAGAGGGAUAAGGCUAGGAUUGAACGGGGGAGAGGUGAGGUAGUAGGUGGAAGGGCAGGAGUGCGUGAGAAAGGAGUGAAGCAAGAGACACUGCAGAGCGGGAGUGUGGAAGGGACGAGUAGAGGUGGUGGGAGGGGCGUGGCGGGUGGUACCAGUGUAGGUGAGUGCUACAGUGCAAAGCUGCUUGAGGAGUCUGGGGCAGGGAAGGAGAGAGCAGUGGUGACAGUGUCUGGAUUAGCAAACGCGAGACCAGUUUUGGACGACGACGAAAGGAAGGGCUUUUGUUAUAGAGAAGUGGGGGAGAGAGAGGUGGCUGGGGUGGCUAAGAAAAGGAGGAGGAUUGGGACAUGGUCAGAUGGGGGGUUGAAGACAGGAGAGGGUCAAGUGGAGGGACAGGAGGGGCAAGCGCAGGUGGUAAAGGAGGAGCCACUGACGUUACAGCAGCCAAUGGUUGAGAGGCCGAGAGAGGCCGCUUUCCUGGACACUCGGGUGAUGAUUCUGAAUCAGAAGGAGGUGAAGGAGUGGGCUAAGGACGAGGCCCAGAAAGAGACCCUUCGAGGAGCAAAAGAGCGAGCAAGGGAGGGAGCAAUGGGGGUGGCAAAUAAGGGAGAGAACGAGGGAGCAAUGGAGGGAGCAACGGAGGGAGCAACGGAGGGAACAACGGAGGGAACAACGGAGGGAGCAAUGGAAGGAGCGAGAGAAGGGGGUCAGAAGGGAACGAUGGAUGGGGGACAGGGAGGAGAAGAGAAGGGCUGUGGAGAGCGGGAGGAGCUGGGCUGUGGGGAGGAGAGAGAGGGGAGUGAAGAGGACCUGUACCACUGGCUGAAAUACGGACAGAAGGUGCUCAUGGAACGGGUAUACACGCGGUGA